AUGCCUUCCUCUGACUCGGUCUCUCAUUGCAGUGUUCCCUCCCUAGAUGGCGAAGGGGCUCCAUUCCUACCAGCGGUAAAUGAAGAAUGUCCAGAAUUAUUGGGAUCAGAUAGACCUUUCCCAAAGUACUCUAACCACGGAUUAAUCAUCAAGCUAUUUGCGAUAUACCUAGCCAUCGGCAUGGGCGGCCCAAUGAUUCAAAGUCCAUUGACGAGAAUCGUAGAAUCUAUCGCUUGUCAGAACUACUGGAAUGCUCAUGACCGGAGCCAGGUACCGACUCCAGGACAGAUCUCGGAGGCAAUGUGCAAGAUUCCUGAGGUGCAAAAAGAGGUGACUAGUAUCAUCGGGUACAGGGAGUUUUUUAAUGCCCUCCUGACUUCGACCUUCGCCCUUCCGUAUGGCUUACUGGCCGACCGCUGUGGACGCAAGCUGGCUAUCCGUCUGGCUAGUGUUGGGUUUUUGUUCAACUCAGCUUUUUCACUAGCCCCAUUAUGCCUUCCAAGUAUUUUUCCACUACGUAUGAUAUGGUUUGGUGCCAUAGGCUGGGUGCUAGGUGGUGGUCCGGUUCUUUUAUUCGCGCUUCUCUGGUCUAUGAUAGCUGAUGCGACGGCCGAUUCCGAACAGGACACAGUAAUCCUUCGCUUUGGGACUGCCACUCUCUCGGCAGGCUUUCUUGCCCAGGUCGCCAGCUCAUUUCUGAUGCAACUUGGUUCUCGAGUCCCACUCAUGAUUGGCUGUGGAUUGCUUCUCGCCGGGUUACUCGUCGCGAACCUUCUGCCAGAAACGUUGAGGAAGAAAUCUCGCGAGACAACCAUUUCAGCAGACACCUCCAUUUCUCCGGCCUACCUCGUCCUGAAGAUCAAGAAGACCAUUUCCUCAUAUCGAUUCAUCUGCGAUAAUUAUCCAGUGGCAAUAAUCAUGCCCGCAUUCUUCAUAACCCAACUGUCUGGGGGCUCUGCAUUCUUAGUUCAAUACAUCUCCAUCCGUUUUCACAGGACCAUUGCAGAUGCUACUCUCCUCGUUGCGCUUCAACAGGCGUUUACAAUUGCGGUUUUGUUUUUCAUUAUACCCCAGAUCGCCAAGGGACUUCUCGAAAUAACAUCUAGACUUCAAUCAGACCUCCAUCUAGCACGAAUCAGUGUCUCUCUCCUCGCCCUUGGACUGUUCGGAAUUGGUCUUUCAUCAUCCAUCAACACUUUAAUACCGAGUCUCAUUCUACACGCGGCUGGGGCAGGCUUUGCCCUUAUAGCUAGAGGGCUAGUGACAGGUUUGGCUAGAAAAGAGGAGACUGCACGCCUCUAUACACUCAUCGAGGUAACACUUUCCAUAGGCGAAGUGGCGGCAAGUUUGUAUAUUACCAAUAGUUUGAACUGGGGACUAGAAAGAGGGGGACUUUGGACUGGACUGCCCUGGCUGAUCGUUGCUUUUUUAUUGGCGGUUAUAGCGCUAGUACUGGGGAUGCUGAGACUGCCUCCGCGAUCGGAAGACUUCCCCAGUGGUAGCACGCAUUGA